AUGGCAUGUGUUAACAUGUACAACCCGGAGCACCACCAGUCGUCGUCCUCGUCAUCCUUCAUGGCGCCGCGGAUGUCCUUCUCCAGCGACUUCGCGCUGGAGCCGCCGCCGGCCACGGCGCUGUCGGCGCGCGCGCCAGGGGACGCCGACUUCGAGUUCUCCGUCGGCGGCCGCCCCUCCAUGAUGGGCGCCGCCGACGAGCUCUUCUCCAAGGGCCGCCUCCUUCCGCUCCGGGAAGCUCCGCACGGUCGGCCCACCACGCUGCGCGAGGAGCUGCGCACCGAAGACGGCCGCCACGGGCGCGCGCCCCGCGCGCCCAACAUCCGGUGGAAGGAACUGCUCGGCUUCAAGAAGGCAUCCAAGAAGGCCAGCGCCGCCGACGCCGCAGCCGGCACGUCGUCCGCCGAAGCCCACACGGUAAUUAACCAAUCCAGAUUUUGGAGGUCAAGGAGGAGGCACGAGAGACUGAAGCAGCAAGCUUUAUUGACCAAGCGGACUGAGGAGUGA